UGAAGUUAUUAGUGAUAUAUUUUAACAGCAUGGACCAGGAGUGUGUGUCUCUGCUGCCCCGUGUGUGUGAGGUGUUGGCGGACUCCAGCAAGUCUCUGCCCGAUGACACCAGCCUGGAGAAGCUGCUGGACUGGUUCACUGAGGCUGGAAGAUCUUUGCUGGAGACCUGCCCAUGUCUGCUUGACUUCGUGUCUACUGUGGUCAACAACACAGAUUCAGACCCCAGUGUCAUCUCCUUCACUCUCAGACUCUCCGGUUUACUGACUGCCACUGAGGACGGCUUCAAAAAGCUUCAGGAACGCUCAGUUCUGGAUCUGGUCUUCAACUUUCAGCGCUGGCAGGAAGCAGGGCUCUGGGAGGAUCCUUGUAUACGGAUCGGCUGGAUCCAGGGUUUAAGGGGCACGCUGCAGCACCCAAAAGCUCUCAGUUUCUUUGUACAAUCAGAUUUCAUCAAGCCGCUUCUACAACUUCAGACAGACUCAAGUCUAUUUGUUGCCUCAGCCGCCAAUCACAUGCUCGCCCACAUCCUGCUCUUCUUUCAGCCGGUCUCACCUGCGGGAAGUAACGGGAUUCAUAAAAAAGACCAGUAUGCAGAACGGACCAACGCCAAGUACACUGCUGUUGUCGUGGCGAUCUCGGAGUACCUAAAGGAGUCACUGGUGCCCAAAGAGAAAACACAGCUACAUCAGAGUCUGCAGAUCCUCAAACUGCUGGCCCUGCUCCUCGCCCAGGCCAGGCCCCCGCUGCGUGAUACGCUGCUGCGGACAGUAGCAGACUCUCUGCAGGAGCUGGUGACGGCAGGCUACAGUCAGCUCACACUGCCUCUGAUGGACGUCAUUCUGGCUGCAAACAGCAGCUCUGGCCCUGAUGAAUGUGUCGCCCGCCUUCUCUCAUCCAUGUUGAACGCCAACAAACCUGCUGACCUCAUUCACGCUGCGGCUGCUUAUCUCCGCAGAGGCCGUCUAGACGCUGUCCACACAGCUCAAGCUGCGAGAAUACUGCUGUUACCCAUCGAUAUUAUUACUGGUCAGACUCUACUGGGCACCGACACUAAAGCAGCGGAUGAGCAUCGUGUUUUAAUGGUAGAGCAGCUGAAGAAUAAAACCUCCUGCGUCUCCAUGAUCUGUGUCUGUCUGACAAACACACCACAUAUCACACUCGUGCCUCCUGACGUUCUCCUCACAUGUCAUCCAGCCUUUGUUGUCCUUGCAGUUCUGUCACUUUUAAGGAUCUGCAGCGGUGACUCUUCGUCCUCACCCACCGGCUGUAGGGAGGUUUACAGGAAUGUGAUAGGCAGCGGCAAGGUUCAGAAAUGUGCUCUAGAGGCUUUGACGGCUCUCAGCAGCAGCCCAGGAGCGAAGGACAAGAUGAACGAGGUGUUCACACUUCUGAUACAAUAUCUGGACAAUCCUGAUUCUGACCCAACUGUGAUACACAAGUCCUACAAAGCCUUAAUAAAGUGGCUGAGUGUUUGCACAGACGUCUCCUCUAUAACAGACCAGCUCAGACAAGAUCUCAUCAGGGUCGUGCAGAAACGUGUGUGUGACAUGCGUUGGGAGGUGAGAGACUCAACUGUGGAGUUUUUGGGACAACUGGCAGGUGUGCAAGUCUUCUUGAAAUCAGCCGAAGAGGAGGCAUGCAGGGCGUCUGAGGCGCUGCUGGGCGGCUGCAGUACCACUCCUCUCCUCAGGGAGGCACUGCAGGAUCCAGAGAGUUAUGUGAGAGCCAGUGCCACCUCUGCACUGGCACAGACACUGGCACACAGCUGGCAGCAGGGGGCAGCACUCACUCAGGAGGAGACUGAAAUCGUGAACCGGCUGCUGGAAAUUCUGUCUGAGGACACAGAGGGCUUCGCCAGGCGGGCGGUCGUACAAUACUUCAUUGCCUGGUUCUCUUCACGCUCCUCACACAAGCAUCCAUCGUCGUCUCUCCUCAUGAACUCUGUGCACUCCGUCAUCUCCAAAGGCAGCGUCGAUCUGGACUGGGAGGUCAAGGUUCACACGCUGCAGCUGGCUGAGCUGCUGCUGGACGAAACCUUUUCAGGUCACCAGGGAUACAAGAAGGGUUCAGACACAGAUCCUGCCUCUCUACAUCCGUACGGUGUGGUGUCUGACCAGGCGUACACACUCCACACACACAAUCUUCAACGGACAAACAUGGAGGGUUCAGAUUCGGCCGGAGCGUUGAGCAAUCUAGUCGAGCAGGGAGUCUUCUCAGCGUUGUUGAGUGGUCUGGUUGACUGCGAUAGACCCGUGGGUCUGAAGGCCUGUCGGCUCCUGAUAACAGUCAGAGAAACAGUCUGCCCUCUGCCCCUCGAUGCAACUGCUGCCAUGGCAACAGUAACCUGUGAGCUUCCUGGAUGGGGCUGGGGGCAGGAGAUCAGAAACAUACUGGGCAGGAAGAAAAACAAUCAGACAAAAGAGGCAGACAUCGUGGUUGAUUCUGGAGAGGACGGUGAGGUGGGAGAGGUUGGCGCGAGCGAGAGAGGUGACGGUUUGUGUGUCAGCGUGUGUGAUGCGUUGAGGUGUCUGCAGUUAGACGAGACACUGGACGUUCUCACUCAAAGCAGCGACCACGUCCACAACUCGCUCCUCUCUCUGCUGCAGGACAUACUGACCUCUAAUGCCGCUCACACUCAUUCAGACAAAGAACAAGGGGAAGAGGUCAUAGUGGACUGCUACUGACACACAUACACACACACACACACACACACACACACACACACACACACACACACACACACACACACACACAGUUUUAUAAGAAAAAUCUUUAGUUUCUCAGGUAAUUUACUGUAAAUUGAUAUGCAGUCAAAAGCGGUUUCUGCAGCAGAACAACGUGUAGGUGUCGUGAGUGUACAGAUGGGUGAAAAUAAAACUUGGCCAGAAAGGGAGAUGAUUUGCCACCGUGGAAGGAAUCCAGGAAGAAUUGCAGCCAGCAGUGGACAUAAUGCGAAAAAAAUGACUACAGGAAAUGUUUCCAGGAGUGGGAGGCGCACCGAAACAAGAUUUAUCUGAGUUUUUUUAACAAUUCUGGGGAAUUUUUGGGUGCGCCCUUCUGUGUUAUGUAAGCAAGUCCUGUCUGUGUUUUCUUGGGAAGUCACAUGAUCUGCAAUCCGGGGCUGAGAUGUCAACAUUUUUGCAUUGUGAUUUUGUACUAAAAUAAUCACGACACACAAUAAAAUCACCAUUUAUUGGCUGAAAUGAAUUAAUGAAUGAAGAGGCCAUCUGAUAGAAAAAGUACAUUAAAUAAAAGGUACAUAAAAU